UUGCUCUGUGUAGGCUGCGUUGAGGACAGGGAAACGGUGUGUCGAAGACAUCAGUCGGGGUUUACUAGGCAAGAUAUCUUUAGAGAAUAAAAAAGGAACAGUCAACCCACCUAAGAACGACAAGAAGUCAGCCAUCUAAAACAGGGCACUCCAAAGAGGGCCGCCAUGUCUGAAACAUAUGACUUCCUGUUUAAGUUCCUGGUGAUUGGUAGUGCUGGGACAGGGAAGUCCUGCCUCCUGCACCAGUUCAUAGAGAACAAGUUUAAGCAGGACUCCAACCACACCAUCGGGGUAGAGUUUGGUUCCAGGGUGGUCAAUGUCGGGGGCAAAACGGUCAAACUGCAGAUCUGGGACACUGCCGGACAAGAGCGCUUCAGGUCUGUGACACGCAGCUACUACCGAGGGGCAGCAGGAGCCCUUCUUGUCUAUGACAUCACAAGCAGGGAGACCUACAAUGCCCUGACCAACUGGCUGGCAGACGCCCGUACCCUGGCCAGCCCGAACAUCGCCAUCAUCCUGUGUGGCAACAAGAAGGACCUGGGGGCAGAACGGGAGGUCACCUUCCUGGAGGCCUCCCGCUUCGCCCAGGAGAACGAGCUGAUGUUCCUGGAGACCAGCGCUCUGACCGGAGAGAACGUAGAGGAGGGCUUCCUCAAGUGUGCCCGCACCAUCCUCACCAAGAUAGAGUCAGGCGAGCUGGACCCAGAGAGGAUGGGUUCAGGGAUCCAGUAUGGAGAUGCCUCUCUCAGGCAGCUCAGACAGCCCAGAGGCUCGGCCCCACAGAGCAAGCUUCAGUGCAGCUGCUAGGAUGCCCCCGGCGCCCCCUACUGUUUUGAGUGUGUUUGGGUGCUUAAGCCUCCCCCCUCCCCCCCUUCUUCUUCUCUUCACCCCUCUUGCUUCUCCUGGCUCUCCUUCCGCCCACUCCUCCUCCUCCUCCCCACCCCCCUACCCCUCUUCUCCUAUUCCUUGUGGUGGAGCACCUGGACCAGUCAUCAUGGAGACUACCUCCGACCGCUGAGCUUUGGUGAGACAGCACUACCUGUCUGAGGAGGACAUCUUAGGGUUGAUCUGGACCCAGUGACAUGGCCCGGGAAACCCCACAGUGCGAACUGUGCCUGGGGGAGAGAGAUCAGGGUCAAGGGUCAUGUGUAGGGCCACUGUCCUGUUUUUAAGCCUCGCCCUUGUUUUUAUCAACACACACACCAUCAUCCUUACCAUUCUCAUGUCCAGCUGAAUGUCAGAUAUAGAGGGUCAUUUGUUUUUUCUUCAACAUUUCUUUUUGUUUAUAAACAACUGUAACUGCAUGUUGCCUUGAAAACACCACAGGGACAACCAAAUAUACUAGUUGUAUAUGGUGACAACCCAGCCAUUUAACUAACUUCGCCAAGGCGACUAAAUAAUUAGAUUUCACCAUGGUAACUGAAUCCUUUGAUUUGCACUGAGCACCUCUGUCUAACUUCUCCCAUCCCCACUGUGAUGAUAACCAGACCUGAAUUGACCCUCACCUCGUUGGCUGUCUUGCCACUUUCUGAUCCAAACACAAACAAGCCGAUUGGUUUAACCAAUUGAAUGGCCGUUGGGAACUGACGACUCUUUAUUCAAUGAUCUCUUCAUUGGUGAUUCUCUCUGGUCUGGUUGGUCUAUGAGCAGGUGGGAGGUGGGCUUAGUAGGAGGAAGGAGACCAGGUUUAUCCUAUCAUAAUGGCCCAAAUGUCUAAAAGGACAAGCUUCCUAAACAUUGUCCCUUAAGAUGUAUUUGUAGUUGAGUCCAAAUUGAGGACUAUGUUUCAAGGUUUGUUGAAUGCACUAUGGAGAAAGCCUUAUUAGAGAAAGUAUACGUGGCUUUGUGGAUGUACUGUACACUGUUUCCUGCAUGGAACAACCUGUACUCACACCAACCUCAUAUCAUAUACCACAAAUUGAGGUGCAUUUGAUUUACUUUCCCAGUAAUCAGACCAAUGGAACGGUUGCAUCAGGCUCCAGCCAAGAGGUAAAUCAAAUGCACCUCCAGGUUCUUGGCUGCCUGGCUCCUCCAGGUACUUUGUUAAGGUAUGAGUGAUAUUUAAACAUGACACAUUUAAUUGUGACAUCAAUCAGAGACCAUUUUAUACUUUUGCUUUUUGUUGUUUUUAAACGUCAAUUCUUUUCGCGAUUCUUUUACGUCUCUGUUCCUUAACUGCAAGUGCACUUUUCAUUUGAGGCGUUGAGUUUAUAUACUUUUACUAUACAACUGUACAAAUUUAUAUUGAUUGAAAUGAUCUAUGUAACUUUAAUUAGCAAAGGUGGGGUCAUUCCUUACUAAAGAACAACUGAGAUUUCCUCCUCAUCCUGCGCCUGGUUGUCUCUUAGUGAUGACAUCACUCCCACAGCUCACCCCUCUGUUGUCUGUUCAUGAACCCUGCUUGACUCAUCGUUCCACUCAGUCUUAAAGCCUUCAAAUGUGCCGCGCGGAGGCUGUCUCCUCUCAGCCAGCAAUACAAGUCCUCAGUAAUCAUGGCUGAUGUUGAAAGCAAAAAGCUUACAUUGUUGCUGUUUGUUUAUUUCAAUUCAGAAAAGCUAUUUUAUCUCCACUUGAGAGGUUUCUUAACAAUACCCAGUACAUGCAUUGAUUCUGUCUUAUCUGGGAAGCUUUCUAAGCACUGGAGUGGCUGUGAUGAUAGAUUGAUCUUGUUUUUGUCUGAACCCCACCCCUCCUCCCCCUAUUCAGAAACUCAGUUGUUGCUUAGUAACCAGUAUGAUUUAACUGCCUUCAAAACUACUGUACAUUUGGAGUGAAUCUGUGCUGUAAAUAAAAUGUGUUCCCCAUUGAUAUGAAAGGAUUAUGGAUUAAACUUUCUUGCCCUGUU